AUGAGUGAGUUCAGAGAGUAUGUACGGUUGAAACCCCAGGAGCUAAAGGAUCAGAUCCUUGGGCUGUUGGAGGGCGAUCUGGACGACGCAAAGUGUAAGCGAUUUGGAGCGCUAAUGACCAUGGUUCUAUUGAAAUACACAACCCUCAAGCGCCGUAAACGAAAUGGUGAAAUUAAGCUACACACCUUUGAGAGAUACAAGCGUAUCGUAGCAAGCUCUGUCGUUAUCAAAUCGAGAGAACCCGAGACGGUCGUGGCAUUUAACUACUUCACAGGAGGUCAGCCCGAACUCGAGGGUGAAGUGAACGAUUACUUUUCGAAAGUUAAGUUUCAGAUCAAUUCUGCCAAAAAGUCCAGUAUGAAGGACGUAUUUGAGAGGUCUGACAUGGUCUGGGAUGACCCUAAAACGCUAAAAGCCGCUGGGGAAGCUACUAGCAUAGACGAGUCUUUCAAGAACCUACUAAGCACCGUUAGCUCCCUCCGAGACGAUAUCCUCAAGCCUGUCAUGCUAAGAAUACCGUCAUACACCAGGACCCCAGCCACGAGAGCAGAGUUUCCUUUGAUGUUCCUCGCUACGGUCUUCAAUUGCUGCCGCCAAAGUGAUUUGACAAACGCAGAUCCAUCCACGUUUGCUGUGGUAGAGCAUGAGUAUCUGGGCCAGUACGUCCAAUGUCUGGUCACAGAAACAAAAACUCGCACAGCGAGGUUCAUUGAUUUCUAUCCGGUAGCAGGUGAAUAUGAUCCGAUUGUCGCUUUAGACAGACUGUUGAGGGAUACAGAGCCACAGAAGAAAGUCUUCACAAGUAGCUUCACGACCUCACAGGAAUAUCAACUCCUUCGCAGCAAUCUGGUGGGCACUUAUGACAAGUUUUUGACCAAAACCUGUCCUUUUCCCAUUUUCCAGAUAAAACACGGUCCGAAAUCUCACUUUGGUAGACAUCUCAUGGCCUCUUACCUGAGUAAGUGUAGCUUGGGGCAGUAUGUUACACCUCUGGGCAACUGGAGCGACCGAGACGAUACUAUUGGCAGCUUUAUUGCAAAGUAUGGCCAUCGGCGAAGGGAGUUACCAAGCUACCUGUAUGCUACUGCAAAGAGAAAGUAUGGCCAUCGGCGAAGGGAGUUACCAAGCUACCUGUAUGCUUUCCUUUCUGGCUAUUAUGAACUGAUUAAAGUCGAAAGCAACAACGGCAAAGAAGAUUAUAGUUGUAGGCUAGUCCAUCCCGAUUUUAAACCGAUUGUGGUGAAACAAAGCGGUGAUUGUGAAGGCUUGUCAAUAGAAUGCUAUCGAGAAUGGAAGCAGAUCAUAGAUUCUGACGUUCUAAGUUUCAUUCUGAAGUACAGUGAAGCAAAACGGAGACGAGGGCCAUUGGAGGCAGGCAUGCGGUCUAUCAUCACGGGGCCCUCUCCGCCUUCUGCUCCCUUGCAGACGGAGAAUUGGCCAUAG